GUUUACAAAAGUAUAUUGCUGGCUUGAUUUACAUAACGAAUUGUUUGUCAAUCGAUUAUUUGGGUUUCUUGUAAAUUUUUCCUUCUUUUAAAUAUUUUUCUUCAUUGUUAAAUGGCUGAAACACCUAAGGAUAACACUGAAGUUAUCCGUAUGUUGAGAGAUGCUAAGAAUUCUUUAUGGAAAACAAUUACUCCUCUGAAAGACGUUGACAGUGAUUUUAAGAAGUUUUUGCCAUCUUUACCCAAAAUAUCUGCUUCAAGUAGCAGAUUGUUGCAGCCAAAUGUAGCCACUCGGUUAAAUUUUAGUUCAAUGGAUGACUCGGAAGUUUCUGAAAAGUCCUUGUUUAAAACCCAUGAAACACCAGAUAACUUAAAAAGGAAGCUGAUUUUAACUGAAGCAGAACUACAUACUACAAAAGCUAAAUUAAAGGAGCGUGAAUCAAUGAUAAGCGUUAUGGAGCCUGCAAAUAAAAAAGUAUGUGUUAGUUUAGAGACAAAACUGGAAAAGUACAGACAACAAGCUUUGAUUGAUUCCCAAAAAAUUGAAGAGUUAAAUCAGAAAUUGAGAUGGGCUAAAGGUGAAACAACUCAUGCAAAGAACCGUGCUCACGAAGUUGAACGGGAAAAAAAACUUGAAAUGGAUAAACUAGAGUUUCAAAUAAUUGCUCUUCAGCAAGAAUGUAGCAACUUAAAAAUUGAAGUGAAUGGACUUAAAAGCGAGAAAACUGAAAUUGUUCGAAAACUGAACAUUGAAAUUGGAAGGUUAGAAUUGAGAGUAUCGAUGCUGCAGGAAGAGGCUCAAAAAUCAACUGAUUAUAUUGAAGUCCUUAAAAGGAAAAAUAUUGAACUGACGGACAAGGCAGCUUUGUGCAGUUCACUUGAAAAAGAAUUGAAUGAUACUCAAGCUAGAAUAAAAUCUUUAGAAAAUAAAAUUGAAGCUGAUAAAGAUGCAGCGUUAAUAGUAGCCAAUCGACAAGCUGAAUUAAAACUGCUUUCAGAACUGAAGAAAGAAAAUCAAGUGUUGAAAGAAAAAGUUGCAAAGAAUAAAGAAACCAAUGUUCUACUAUAUCAAGAAAAAUUAUGGAGUUAUCAAGAAAAAUUAAAGCAGGCAGAGAGAAAAAUAUCAGUAUGCACUAAAUUACAAGGUGAAAAUGAACAACUUAAAGCUAAACUUUCCCAGUGGGAAGAUCUGUUUGAUGAUGAAAAGACUCCUUAUAAAUCACCCACUGCCUUUUCUCGAAAGUUAUCACAGUAUCAGAAAAAUGAAGCUGUUCUGACCAACAAGUUAUCACAGCUUUCAAAUCAUUGUGAAACUGUGGAGAAACAGAAAAAAGAAUUGGAGGAAUCUAUUAAAGUGCUAAAUCAUCGAUUAACACAGUUUCAAGUGCAUUCACCUCGCCAAGAUUCUAUUAUAAAACGACUACAAAGAAAAGUUAUAUUUUUAACCAAGGAGAGAGACAAUUGUAGGAAACUUUUAGAUUCCUACCUCAGUGAAUCAACGAUAUCAGGCCUUGCAGUAAGUGCGGAACAGAUUAGCCAGCUUGAAGAUUUAAAUAUGGAGUAUAAAAGAGCUUUAGAAAAGAGUGAGAAAGAAAUUGAUAAUCUGAAUGAUAAACUGAAAUGCAUGGCUGAAAACAGCAAUUCAGAAGCCCUAAUGUCUGAUCUGAAGAAACUUAGGGAAGAAAAUUCUUCUCUUGCAGCACAGAUAUCAGACUUGCAUAGUAAAAAAGUUGCCUUAGAAAAGACAAUGGCCAACCAAGUUACGAGUGAAAAUAAUGAUGGCUGGAGUGGUAGAGUACUUCAUUUAAAGUUAAAUCCAUCUGAUAAUGCGAACAGAAACCAUCUCGCCGCAUUUCAUAAACUGCAGGAAGAAAAUGAUGCUUUGAAAAAAAGAAUUAAAGUUUUGGAAGAGGAAGGUAUUGCAGCUUCUGAUGUUACCAUGAAAGUACAGCAAAAAUUAGCCACUGAAGGAGCAGACUCUACUUUAAAAAGUUUACGAGAGCAGCUAGCUGCAGCCGAAAGACAGCAACGAUUCAUCUUGGAAAAUGCUGGAAUCAAAUCAACUGAAUUUCGAGAAGCAGUUUAUAGGCUUUUAGGUUUUCGUAUUGAUGUUCCUACUUCUGAAACCUACAAAUUAUCUCACAUGUAUGCUGAUUCAAGAGAUGACUACUUAUUAUUUCAGAUAAACUCUGAAGGAAUUCAGCUCAUUGAAACUGAAUAUUCCAAACAAAUUACAGAUAAAGUGGAAGUGUAUUUACUUCAACACGAUAGUUUUCCAGCAUUUUUUGCAAGUUUAACGAUGGAAUUGUUUAAUCAGCAAACCUGUAUGCAGAACUCUCAUUGUUAAAACCAAAUGUAAAUUGUGUUGCAAUGCAAGCUGAAGUUGUAGAUAUAUCUGUGUACAUAUGAAGAAUUUCUUAUUUUAUAUUUGAAAAAUUAUUUGUAAUUGAAUGUAUAUCAGAAUAAAACUUCCAU